GAAUCAAUAUAUGGCCAGCAAUUUACUAUACAUUCCGUUUCGAAAGACCAAGGAGCUUAACUUGGGCGACGAGCUCAAGGCGGUCAUCAAGCGGGACUAUUUUCAAUCGCCCCUGGUGUUCGAGAAUGACCUUUCUCAGUUGACCAAAAUACGUAAGAAGAUCCGCCAUUUGAAGGAUGAAGCAGUUGACAAGUCCACCGAAAUCAUUGUACAACACUACUACAUCCAGGUGGUGAAUCUCACCAAGAAGUUUGCCGACGAGGUCAUUGAAUUUGUGUGGUAUGGUACUUUGGGGUAUAAACCUAGUGGACCCUAUAAGGUGCGGUCGCUUCUGUUUGAACAGGACAAUAUCGUAUACCAAUUGGGGAGUUUGUACUCACAAUUGGGGUGGAAGGAGUCGCGGUUCACUGAUGAAGGGCUUAAGCGCUCGUGCAACUAUUUCCAGAUGGCUGCCGGGUGCUUUGAGUAUCUCUGUGUCCAAUGUCAGAAAGACUACAAUACCAAAUCUAAUGACCUAUCCGUCGAUACCCUCCAGCACUUGAAAUAUAUCAUGUUGAGCCAGGGCCAGGAAAGCAUCUGGCAAAAAGCAGUCAACUCCGAUAUGAAGAACUCGGUAAUAUCGAAGUUGUCCAUGGACACUUCUAACUUGUACAAGCAAGCGGUGGAGCAUGGCAAUAAGUCGGAUUUUAUAAAGUUGGAAUACGUCAACUACUGCUCUGUCAAGCAGUUUCAUUUUGCUGCUGCCGCCCACUACCGCAUGUCGUUGAUACUGUUGGAUAAUCUGAAAUAUGGACAGCAAGUAGGUCAUUUGAAGAUAGCAGCGGAAUUGGCCCACACGGGUAUGAGACAUAAAAGUUACGUGAAGAACUUGGUGGUAGAGGAUUUGGGUGGGUUGCAGAAGAUGAUUGAAGAUGCCCUUCGUGUGGCCGAACGAGAAAACGACCUCAUCUACCUCAGGCCUGUUCCCGAGUUGAGCUCAUUACGCAUGAAUGCAGGUGGGGUGUCGAUGGUAAAGCCGGUGAUAAUCGAAGAACUAAGCGAGCCUCUAAACAGUGAUCGGUUGUUCUUGAAAGAGCUACUACCGCAUAUCAUCAUCCAGAUUUCUUUGGCCUAUAAGGACCGACUGGACAAUUUCAUUAUGAGAAAGAUUUUGGAGCCGUUGCAAGCCCUCAACAAGAUGAUGAACCAUUUCUUGACCCAAAGACAAUUACCAGCAUCGAUAGACUCGAUCCAGAAACCAGAGAACAUCCCCGAGUCAAUCAUCCAGCAUUCCCAAAAUAUCAUCAGUUUUGGUGGAACCAAAUUUAUCGAAAGUCUCUACGAUAAUAUUUUGCAGCUAUCGUCUGAAUGCCGAGAUAUCUACGAAGGGUGUCAGCAACGCUUAGUCAUAGAACAGGAAGAAGACGACAUAUUCCGCGAACGGUUUGGCGGUUCGUGGAAUCGGAUUUCUUCAGAGGAGGCUUCUCGGGAGCUAUGGGCGAAGGUUCAUAGCAUGGAGGAGUACUUGACCCAAGCAGACAAGGCUGACGAUAUCAUACUAAUGAGUUAUCACGAAAUCAAGGAGUAUUUGGAAAUCUACUGUGGGGGGUAUGACUCGUUGACCAAGGUGAUCCCCAACGCCGGGUAUACCAAGCUUGACGACGAUACUUCCAUCAUAGUGAACGAUAUUCGAGUGGCCUUGAAUGCCACUGCGGAAAUGGAAGAAAGCCGCAAGGAUUUUUUGAAGCGGUUGGAAAACAAAAGCAGAGACAAUAACAUUCUUCCCAAGCUCAUUGCUGAAUACCGGGCACGAUCAAGUUCUCCUGAGUUUGUCAACAAUCUUGAUGAAACCAGUUUUGAAGGAGCGUUUCAUCAGCACAUGAAGGUGUUCAAUGAAGACUUGCAAUUUGUUGAACUCCUGAAGAACACCCAGAUGGUGUUGGAAAAGAAGAUCGAUGAGUUGAACUCGCGGUUCCUCGAGGUGUACAAAGACACCGAGUCGAACCCCAACCAUGAACGCAAACACAGUCUACAAGCACUAGAAAACAUCUACUCGCGGUACCUUCAGUUGAUCACCAAUAUCAAUGAGGCCCGCAAGUUCUACACUGAUUUCAAAACACGAGGCCACCGAGUAAUCGGUGAGUGUGACGAGUAUUUGCAGAGUCGUCGGGCUGAGGCUCGGGACUUUGAGGACAUCCAAACGAGAGAUGAUCAAAGUAGGACCCAACCAGGUGGCCUGCGCGUGGUUACGCCGGUGCCAGUGGUGGCAGCGCGCGCGCGCCUGCCGUAAAUAGGCCUUCAAUAAAUGCGCGAUGAGCUAUGUUUC